AUGACCCCAACAAUUGCCCAACAACAACAAACUCCAAUCGCCAAAUAUGACUAUCUCGUUAUCGGUGGCGGAUCAGGUGGUGUUGCCUCCGCCCGUCGUGCCGCCAAAUAUGGGGCAAAAGUCCUCUUAGUCGAAUCCAAAUAUAAGAAACUUGGAGGGACUUGUGUUAAUGUCGGAUGUGUGCCUAAGAAAGUCAUGUGGUAUGCUGCUGAUUUGGCCCAUAAGAAACAUCAAUUGAAAGCAUAUGGAUUAUCGGCUGAGGUUCAAGAGACUAAUCAUGGGGAUUUUGAAUGGAAGGGGAUUAAAGAAAAAAGAGAUGCUUAUGUGAAGAGAUUGAAUGGGAUUUAUGAAAAUAAUUUAAGAAGAGAAAAGGUUGAUUUUUUGUAUGGAUUUGGGAAAUUUAUUAAUUCUGAUGCUGAUGUUGAAGUUACUUUGAGUGCUGAUCAAGAGAUUGAAUUCUUGGGUGGUGACAAGACUUAUAAAAAGGAUGAGAAAUUGGUUUUCGCAGCUGACAAAGUUUUAAUUGCCACUGGUGGUGCUCCUAUUGUUCCACCACAAAUUGGUGGAUGUGAUUUAGGUAUUACUUCUGAUGGAUUCUUUGAAUUAGAACAACAACCUAAAACAGUUGCUGUUGUUGGUGCUGGAUAUAUUGGAGUUGAAUUAUCUGGUAUUUUCAGUAGUUUUGGAAGUGAAGUUCAUUUCAUUAUUAGAGGUGAAACUGUCUUACGUUCAUUUGAUGAUUUGAUCCAAAAUACAAUCACUGACCAUUAUGAAAAUAAAUUAGGUAUUAAUAUUCAUAAAAAAUCAGGUGGGGUUGUCAGUUGUGGACCUUCCGAAAAUGGUAGAAAGAAGGUUGUAUUAGGUAAUGGUACUGAAUUGGAAGUUGAUGAAUUAGUUUGGACAGUAGGUAGACAUGCAUUGAUUGAUAUUGGAUUAGAAAAAGUCGGAGUUGAAAUUGAUCAUAAACAUAAAAUCAUUACCGAUGAAUAUCAAGUCACUACUAACCCCAAGAUCUUUUCUCUUGGUGACGUGAUUGCCCAAGCUGAAUUAACUCCAGUGGCAAUUGCCGCUGGUAGAAAAUUAUCUAAUCGAUUAUUUGGUGGACCUGAAUUUGCUAAAGAUAAAUUAGAUUAUGAAAAUAUCCCAUCAGCAAUCUUUUCUCAUCCUGAAGCUGGUUCAAUUGGAUUAUCUACCAAGAAAGCAAUUGAAAAAUAUGGUGAAGAAAAUAUCAAAGUAUAUAGUUCAAAAUUCACAGGAAUGUAUUAUGCUAUGAUGGAUAGUGAUCAUGAUAAGGCUCCAACUGGAUAUAAGAUAAUUUGUGCCGGUCCUGAUGAAAAGGUCGUCGGAUUACAUAUGGUUGGUGAUUAUAGUGCUGAAAUCUUACAAGGAUUCGGUGUUGCUAUUAAGAUGGGUGCUACUAAGAAAGAUUUUGAUAAUUGUGUAGCUAUUCAUCCUACAUCUGCUGAAGAAUUAGUCACUAUGGUAUAA